AUGUAUCCUAAACGGCGGGCACUUCAAAAAAACGCCAAGCCAAGCUGUUACGAGUAUCACGGAGAUAGCUACCCAAGGUUUGACAAUAACAAACUGGAAUCCGCUCGUCAAGUGUUAAACAGUGGCACGGAAGAUCAACGUGAAACGGCGGCCGCACUGGCCCACAAAAUGACGGAGAUCUCCAACAACAGCCCGGACAUAAGUAUAGCGCAAUUGCAGCAACAACUGCUGUGCGCGUUGAGUCAACAUGUACCGUGCAUUCCGCUGGAUCCACGGGCGGCGGUGGUCCAGGAUUGGAACAUCGAACCGAUCGAAAUCCGGGACAAUUCUGAUAGAGUUAUCGGGCACUUUUGGCACCGUGGUUUACAAAACACACUUAGCGAACUCAACCUAUCCAGCAGUGCUACUUUGGAUCUCCACGUGAAAGGCGUGCCAUUGGAGCGUGCCGAAAAGAGUGCUGGACUGCAAGCAUGGACUAUUUAUGCAAGGGAACAUGAAGCACGCAAAUCACCGGGCGAACCUUUCGUCCUAAGUGUCUUUUGUAGUACCUUAAAACCAGAGGCGCACCAACUGCUCGGCACGCUUGGCCGGGAAAUAGAAGAUUCUCGUGCAGGAAAUCCGGAGUGUUGUGUUAAGAUCAGAGCACUGCUUUCUGACACUGUGGCACGCGCGAUCGUUAAAGAGACGGUGCAACAAAUUGGCUACUUUGGGUGCACAAAAUGCACCAUCCAGGGUAUCCACAGGGAAGGCAUCAGCAGUGUGUCGUUCCACGACACUACGACAUGUGAACUGCGAACAAAUGCCAAAUUUGUGGAAUUCAAGUACGUUCCCUUUCAUCAUGCACCCAAGGUGCAAGGGUGGCUCCCGGAGCUUAAUGCAGGCGAUUUGCCGUUCGACAGCAAUGAAUUCUCCGGCUGCGACGGGACAAGGGCACGGCACGGUUCUUUUAUCAUCCCGCAAAACCUUGACGAAACGGAAGAGGACAAUAUCCCGCCGGCACCGGAACCACCGUCGGCCCAGCUCAUUCCGGCAAUCAUCGCCGAGUUGUCUCCCACGUUCGAGCGGGCAGCGCUGGUGAACGAAAUCCUGACGACCCCGGCCGAGGACGUGGCCGAUCCGGUCGACGGCAAGAAGAUCUCGAUCGCGGUCUACCUGGGGCAACCGGAUUCGUUCCCGAAGUACGCGGAGGAGAUGAAUGAAUGUGAUAACUUUUACCACUCGUCGCCGGACGACGAUGAGGACAGUAAGCUGGAGGGCGGUGGUAAAGCCGGUUGGUCCUCGUUCUCCGUCGGCACCGAUCUGGAGGCGAACGAGUUUAUCAUCGCGUACACGUACAUUUCGGGCAAGACGACCUGGCAGAACCUGGACUACAUCGUGCGGAAGACGUUCAAGGACUAUCUGUCGCGCAUCGAUCCGGGCACGAACCUGGGGCUUAACACGGACUCGAUCACCUCGUACCACCUCGGGGAGGCGAAGCGUGGCCCGGAGAUGGGCUUCCCGGAGCUGCUGCCCUGUGGCUACAUCAUCGGCAACGUGAAGACCCUCUACAUCUGUCUGCAAGGCGUCGGUAGCCUGGCGUUCGAUAGUCUGAUUCUGCGAAACAUCGUCCAUCGGUACAUGGUACUGUGUGGCCCGAGUGGCACCGGAAAGUCGUAUUUGGCUCGCAAACUGGCCGAAUUCCUGGUGGCCCGUGCCGGGUGCGAUAAUCCGAUCGAAGCGAUCGCCACUUUCAACGUUGAUCACAAGUCUUCGAAGGAGUUGCAACAAUACCUUGGCCACAUAGCGGAGCAAGCGUCGAUGGCGAACGCUGCCGCCGAAGAUCUGCCGGCGGUGAUCAUUCUGGACAAUCUGCACCACGCAUCGGCCCUUGGCGAUGUGUUUUCUUGCCUCCUGAGUGCAACGGCCUCCAAGCUGCCCUGCAUCAUCGGCACUAUGUCGCAGGCAACGUGCAACACCACCAACCUGCAGCUUCAUCACAACUUCCGAUGGGUUCUGACGGCGACUCAUAUGGAACCGGUGAAAGGUUUCUUGGGGCGCUUUCUACGCCGCAAGCUAUUCACGGUAGAACUGCACAAUCAACAACAGCAACCGCAGCUCGAAAAGGUGCUCAAGUGGCUGCCGACCGUCUGGCAGCACAUCAAUAGCUUCCUCGAGACUCACAGCUCGAGCGACGUCACGAUCGGGCCCCGGUUAUUCCUGUCCUGUCCGAUGAACCUGCCCGAUUCACAGGUGUGGUUCACGGACGUUUGGAACUUUUCCGCCGGUUCC